AUGUCUGGCAGUGGAGAGGUUCGUGUCCUCCGCCCAGAGGCCGUUCAAGACAGUCCGGGGAUGCCGGCCUGGAAGAGAGAAAUCUUGGAGAGGAGAAAGGCGAAGGGCGUCGGUGCUGGUGGAACCGUUGCUCCGGACAUUAGUCCAGGUGGUGCGAGUCCACAACGAGUAAAUGGUGAAGUAACGGGAAACGUGAAUGGCAACAGUAGCAGCAGUGGACUCAACAAAGACAGCGGAGCGACCGGUGGGUCCGGGCGGAACUACACCAUCACCACAGGCAGUCAACACUUCGCGAACAACAAAGAGCCUCAACCGACAGCCACCGAGAAGACGACACCGAGAAAGGAUAGCAGACACGAGAGCUUGGUGCUGCAGGAGAGCCUGGGGCCGCUGGAAGAGAAUCCGUUCAUCAAAUUAGAGAAGGAGCGGAGAAAGCGACAGGACAGAGAUCAUGCCGCUCGCCCUGUUCAACACAUCCUGGAACUAUACGGCGGCGUCCCAGGUAUACGGACUAUCCGCGCGGAGAAUAUUAUCAUAAUAGAGUCGGAUCCGGAUUACUUUCUAGAAACUGGCGGAGUUAAAUGCGGGGACAAUUGGCAACAAAACGGUGGUGACAGUUACAGCUCUUUGAACGACCUUCUUGACCGGAGAGGCAGUGCUGUUACUGAAAUCAGAGCCAAGGAAGUGGUCAUUUAUGACACGGCGUUAAGCAAAAGUGAGGAGAAUCUUAGCACCUUGGGUCGGCCAGGUAAUGAGGUUUCAUAUGAUUCAGUUGAGGGUCAAGGAAGAGUUAGUCGGAUUUUGCAGAAGUUUGAUAGCAACUAUGGUAAUCUGCAGAAGAAAUCUCGCAGCACAGAGAACUUGCUGGACCUGGACUGUAGUCCCAGUAGUAGGCCAAGACACUGGUCCAAGCCACAGCGAGAUCUGGUGCCAAAGCCCCAGGUUGGCCUGUCGGUCAGCAGUCCGGGCAACAGCCAGCCACGAUCACCAGUCUUCCAGGGUUCCUGGUCUUCCAAACCAAAGCCACAACCUGCUGUCCCUGAGGUGAGCAGUCCCAUGUGCCAUUCUGGGUCCUCACAGUCUGUGUUUUCCUUCCGUCAGCAGUUUGAGGAGAGUGGGAUUCACGGUGCAGCUUUCAUCCCUAAAGAUGAGCCAGACUGUGCCCUAAACAAGCUCACCAGAGAGAGAGAGUGGGAGAUAGCUGAGACGUCCCCCAAACCCAAGGUGCCAUGCUCUCCUGAGAGCCGUCGUGUUCGUGCUGAGUCCCCCUCUAGCUCCAUCUCAACCAAGGUGUCACGUUCCUCACAUGAAUACGAGAUUCGCCCCUCCCCAAAGCCAGACCUUGCUAAAAUUCCUGAUGGGGAUACUCAGGCUCAGGCCCUUGCAAACCUGCGCCUUCAAUCUCGAAACUCCUUCAUGGUGAUCCCCAAACGCCAUCCCCCAGCUUCCUCUUCAGGAAGCAGCAUGGCAACAUCUGGUACUGUGAAAUCUUCCCACUCAUCCAGAGCUUCAGAGGUUCUCACGCUUGGAAUGCCAAACUCUCUUUUACAAGUGGUUACUCCUAACUUCACAAAAAGGAAAGAGGAAAAUCUCCAGGAGGAGGAGUUGGACAUGGCAGCGAGGACAUCCAAACCUGAAACAUCUAGUGUUUCCACAAGUCCUGCUCCUCCUCUGAACUCACCGUCCUCAUCCCCAACCCAAGCUCUCACCCCAUCACCUACUUCUCCACCCUUUCUGGUUUCACCUCCUUCUUCUCCUGCUGCCCCCUCCUCACCGCUCAUCUCUCCUCUUCUGACAGACUCUCUCACACCUGCCCUACAUCCACAGAAUGUAGAACAGCUGCUGAUAACAAACAUAGACGAAGUUGAGGUGGAACCUCCCAAGCGUGUCCCUGUCCCCAGCCCCCUAGUGCAGAGGAAGAAGGGGAACACCUUCACUGUCGUUCCUAAACGUAAGGUGGAGGCCAACGUUCAUCCGGGCUCACCAGAGUGUCAGCAGGAAGCCCUGAACGAGCCCCACCCUGGUUCCACUCCACUUCAGGCCCCAUAUGCUCAGCUGGGCACCCUGCUGAAAAAGCGCUACCCUGCUGUGGAGGAGAUUGAAGUUAUCGGUGGGUACCUAACCCUUGAUAAGUCCUGCCUCUCCAAAACUGGCUCCUCUGGGAAGAAGGGUUGCGCAGGCAGUUACAAAGCCACGAGGGUUGGCCGAGCCGGACUCAAGAUCUCCUUCAAUGAGUCUAACCUGCAGAGAACAUUCGAGUAUCCGUCGGAGAGCAGUGUGUGGUACAGUGGCGAGGAGGGCGAGGAGGAUGAGAAGGAGAAACAGGAUGGGAAGCUGGCAGAUGAGCAACCAAGCAUGGUGGGGCGCAUCCACAUCCCCCGACCCAGUUUUACUGUCUCACCCUCCCUUAUUGACGACGGCAACAAAUUGAUUGAAAUAAAAGUAACUUGCCUCACUCCGGCCGACAGCUCCUCCUUGUCAGACUACAGCAGUGAGCCCGCUCUCUACUUCUGA